AUGUCAUAUGUGAUGUUCCCUUUCCGUACCCUCAAACUCUUGAUGAACCGGGUUGGGUCGUUUGGCGGGCCUCUGUACGGCGCAAAAGCAUACCGAUUUUCAAUUUCCUGGUCGCGAAUCAUUCCUCUUGGAGGAAGAAAUGAUUCAAUCAGCGAAUCAGGCAUCACAUUCUAUAACAAACUCAUUGAUUCCCUACUUGCUAGGGGAAUCACGCCAUGGGUCACUAUAUAUCAUUGGGACCUUCCUCAGGGCAUUCAUGAUCGAUACGGAGGUUGGUUAGAUGUGGAGGAGUCACAGCUUGACUUUGAGCGCUAUGCACAAAUUUGCUAUGAGAGAUUUGGAGACCGAGUCAAGAAUUGGAUCACACUGAAUGAGCCAUGGAUUGUUUCUAUCUUUGGAUACGCAACUGGUGGAAAUGCGCCCGGACAAAGCAGUAUAAAUCCACAGUUCACGGAGGGCGAUACAACUCCGGAGCCAUGGGUUGUCGGGAAAGCCUUGAUUAUGGGCCACGCUCGCGCUGUCGCUUUGUAUAAUCGGAGCUUCCGAGCUUCUCAACGAGGCAAGAUUGGGAUCUCUCUAAAUGGAGAUUACUACGAACCUUGGGAUAGUCAGGACGAGCGCGAUCAGCAGGCUGUUGAGCGCCGAAUGCAGUUCCAUAUUGGAUGGUUUUCGAACCCAGUUUGUCUAGCACAAGACCACCCCAAAUGCAUGAGAGAGCAACUCGGCGAGAGACUCCCUAGCUUCAGUGAGUCAGACCUUGCUCUGCUCAGGGAGGCCGACAUGGACUUCUACGGAAUGAACUAUUACACCUCUCAAUUUGUGCGGCAUCGUGACACGCCUGCGCUUGAAGCCGACUUCAUGAGGAAUGUGGAUGAACUACAAGAAAAUAAGCAAGGCGUACCAGUCGGAGAGAAAAGUGGUGUGCAUUGGCUCAGAUCAACCCCGGAUCUUUUCAGGAAGCACUUGACACGGGUAUAUCGUACAUAUGGCAAGCCCAUAUAUGUCACAGAGAAUGGAGAUCAUCUCGAUGCAGCAGUCGGAAGGGCACGCACAGAGGACGGCUCGGAUAUUAAAGAAUAUUUUGCGUGGUCAUUGAUGGACAACUUAGAAUGGUCUGAUGGAUACGGGGUUCGCUUCGGUGUUACCUCCACUGAUUAUAACACCAUGGAAAGAACCCCAAAGCAAUCUGCAUCGCUGCUGAAAGGAAUGUUCGACGAACGCAUGGGUGGCGACGCUUCUAAAUCCCAAUAG